AUCAAAAAUUAAAAAAUGAAAAAUCGGGGCAUUUGUCAACGUAUAUUAGAGAGACGGGCUGAAACAAGAAGGAAAGAUCGAAAGUUCAACUUACUCAGUCGUUACGCAUAAAGGUAAAGUAAUUGCCAUCACUUUUUCAUUUAGUUUUCAAAGCUCCCUGGGCUCGUUUACUUGAUCUCUUCAAUUUCGGAUCAUCAACAACUGUUUGGUGAAAAUGGAUAAAAAUUUGAUGGACAAAGUUAGUGCCUUUGGUGAACGCCUCAUGGUUGAAGGAGCUGAGGUGGGCAGAAAGGUGAGUGCUGGCAUGAGCUCAAUGAGCUUUAAGGUGAAGGAGCUCUUCCAAGGCCCGAACCAAGCUGAUAAGCUUGUUGAGGAUGCCACCUCAGAGGCCCUUGAUGAGCCUGAUUGGGCCUUGAAUCUUGAUAUCUGUGACAUGAUCAAUCACGAAAAAGUGAGCAGUGUUGAAUUGAUCCGAGGCAUAAAGCGGAGGAUAAUGUUGAAGAGCCCUAGGGUUCAAUACUUGUCCUUGGUGUUGCUUGAAACUUGUGUCAAGAAUUGUGAGAAGGCAUUCUCGGAGGUGGCAGCUGAGAGGGUUCUUGAUGAGAUGGUUAAGCUAAUUGAUGAUCCUCAGACUGUUGUUAAUAAUAGGAACAAAGCUUUGAUGCUUAUUGAAUCAUGGGGGGAGUCAACCAGUGAGCUUCGCUAUUUGCCUGUUUAUGAAGAAACUUAUAAGAGUUUAAAAUCAAGGGGGAUUCGCUUUCCUGGUCGUGACAAUGAGAGUUUGGCACCUGUUUUUACCCCUCCUCGUUCGGUUUCAGCACCAGAGGUAGAUGCUAGUCUUGCACAGCAGCUUCAACAUGACAUGCAGCUUCAGCAUGAUAUUCCUGUCCAGAGCUUUACUGCUGAACAAACAAAGGAGGCAUUUGAUGUGGCAAGAAACAGCAUUGAGCUUCUUUCAACCGUGUUAUCCUCAUCACCCCAACAAGAUGCUCUUGAGGCUGAAUACCAGUGGAAUCCUAGUGAUUUACAUUUGGUUUGUUGGCAGGAUGACUUGACAACUACACUUGUCCGGCAGUGUCGUCAGUCCCAGUCCACUGUUCUAAGAAUCAUUGAGACUGCUGGAGAUAAUGAAGCUCUGCUUUUUGAAGCUUUAAAUGUGAAUGAUGAGAUCCAGAAAGCUCUCUCAAAGUAUGAAGACUUGAAGAAGCCAUCAGUAGUUCCUCAUGAGCCAGAACCCGCUAUGAUUCCUGUGGCUAUCGAGCCUGAUGAUUCACCCCGUCAUGCAAAAGAAGAUACCUUGAUUCGGAAACCAGCAGGUACUCGACAAGGGACUCAUGGGGAAACCAAUGACGACAUGAUGGAUGAUCUCGAUGAAAUGAUUUUUGGUAAGAAAGGUGGGGGUUCGUCUGAAGAGGGGCAAGAUUCAAAGAAGCAGCAAGCACCAAAAAAUGAUCUAAUCACAUUCUGAGUGCUACUCAUAGCAGUAUUCCGUAAUUUAGGACACUAGGCAAAUGCCGGGCCAUUGUAGGCAUGGAACAGAAGUUUGGAAUGAAAAACCCACGACAGGAUUGCAGACUUUUCUUUCACAUACCACCAUUUGUUGUUCCUGCAAAAUUAUGUGUAAGUAAUUCGUGUUUGGAUUUGUUUACAUAAUUAUUUGAUUGAGUAUGCAUGUGAGGAUUGUUACCAGCAAAAAUAAAUCUGUAUGGCUCUUGUAUACGUGGAGUAAUGACAUGACAUCUCAACCAACUUAUCUAAAAA